AUGUUAUUUCGGUGAAAUUAACCUCGGUUUGUUGCAAGGAAUGAAUGUUGUAUUGCGGACUGUUCAGAUCCUCUAUCGAUGUCGCUAUCACUGUAAUCACGUGACGCCUAUCGGGCAGAAAUAAUGAGCCUUCAUCGCAGUAUCAUCUUUACAUCGCUGGUGUUUGCAUUGUUUGUGGGUAACCAAGGCAAAAAGAAAUAAGCCAUUAACAAUUGAUUAAUAUUAGAAGGAAGGAAAGGAAUAUCAGAAGGAAAAUUUGUUUUUAGGCUAUAAAAGUGGAAACUAUAUCAUGCAAUAACCCAGACUACGGAAAACCGAAAUUUUUCGCACCAGAAUUCCACGCAAAAGUGAUCGGAAUAGUUUUCCUUAGAAAAUAUGGAAGAAUAUUUGUGAGUAGUAACAGGAAGAAAAACUUUUCAAAAAAGUGUGCAAUUCAGUUUAGCGACUCAUUCGCAGUGUAAUUUACUUUGAAUAUGUGUUUAAAUAAGUGAAUUUUUCAAAGAGUUGCCAAUAAUGUUUUAUUUUACAUGCAUAAACUCGACAGUGUUCCGGCAGCAAUUAUUACAUGAGGAGUGGAAAACCACCUCGAAGAAAAUCUUCUGUCGAAGUGGAUUAGGAAUGAUGUACACGAUAUACGAGGCGUAUGAAUAUUGUAUUCUAUGAUUUUCAAUUGAAUUAAGAUUGCUGGAUGUAAUAAUUAGCAAGGAUUUUUUCAUUUAAAAGUGAAUUACAAUUAAUUAAAGACUGUGGAUUACAAUCUCCAAUGUCAAAUGAUACAGUUCCAGAUUCCUUGGGCGUUGACACAAUUGGUCGGACAUUAUUUGUAAAAACUUUUUUACGAAACGGUGAAUAAUAAUUAGGAUAUUAUAACCGAGAUUAUUUCUACCCUUACGGAACUAUUGUUCGGCCGAUCGGAAAUAGUGAGCAAACCUUUUAUAAUUGGUUUAAAGCCCGAUAGUAAUGAAUACUUUUAUUGUUUGAGGAUCCGCUGCCAUCAUGGCGUUUCUGGAAUCAUUGCACAAAUUUUUGACAAGGCUUAUAACUUGGGUUGCGAUCGCCCUGCUUGUCGUCCAAGUAUUCAUCCUCCUAAAAGACUCGUACAUCAAUAAACAUGUAGUAAAUUCUGAAGCAAGUCCAGUCCCAAUUAAAGAGGUGCUGCGCAACUCAAGGGAUUCUGAAGAUAUGAAUAGUUCACUAAUAAUUGCGUUUAAAAACGACACACAAAUUAUUAAAUUUUUCAACCAUGGUGCCGAGAAUGCGUCACAUUACGCCGAUCGUUCGGGAAAUUUAAUAGCCCCAGUCAAGGAAAAUUCCAAUGAACUUUUUAUUACACGGAAAAAAGAUCAUAGUGUAAAAUAUUUUCACAACACAAAUAAAUCUAAAAUCGACGUAUCUAUAUUGAAUUCUGUAAAUAAAUCUGAAGUCAGAGGACAUGUUUCAAUUUCUGAAGAUAAUCUCGUCACUGAAAGCAAACUUGUGUAUGAAAUGCCCGAAAUUCCUGGCAAGAUUUACGAACAGACAAACGUGUCUACAGCACGCAGCGGUGAAAAUUUCACUAACUCAGGAAACGAUCUUUUUAAUAAAUUUUUGACGAAGUUUAAAGUUGACGUCGAUGGAACACCUGAGGGGAAAGUUAAACAGAAUAAAAUUACUUCGAAUGGCUCAGAACAAUUCAUUGUGGAUUAUUCAAGUCCUGGUGUCCAGCUAAAUCCUUCAAUAGUAACAAUGAGGAACGAAAGGGAUCGUGGAAGUACGACGAAAAAUACACACAUGACGGAUGGAUUGAAUGAAGAACGGCCAGUUUUGACUCCAAUGAGCGCAAUUACUGAAAUGAAAUCCUCUUAUAACAUCAAGUUCAUAAAUUCAAGUGCUUUUAGCAAUGAAAGUGAAGAAGUUUUUCAUACAAGCACUACAAAUACAGUGAUACUCGAAAAUUUGACGACAAAUAUUAAUUUAAACUUGGAAACAACAAGUAAUAAGAACUUUCCCUCAGUCAUGGACUUGAACGAUCUCUCUCGCGCUGACGUAAGAGUAGAACGCAUUGAAGCUUCCCCAAUAAAAUCUGGUACAUUUAAACAAAUUAAUAAUAAUACUUUUGCUGAGAAAUCUGAAGCAAAAGCUCGAACAGCAAUAAAUGCUGCAACUCAUGAUGUUUAUCAGCUCGAUGCUUACCCUGACCAUCAGGCUGAUUUGGUCGCAGCGGAAGACAGCACACGGACGGUAAAAGUUUCCGACAUGAAAAUUGUGUCCGGAGACGUAAAAGGAGCGUCGUUCAGUGCGUAUACAACAACAAAUCUGAAAACUUUUAUCGUUCAAAAAACGUUUAUGAAUUUCCACUCACAAUAUGGUGAUAGAUCGAGCAGCAUUCCCGACAACCUGUUGAACACGACAUGGUGCACCAGCGACAGCGACUGCCAUCUCUACAACUACGACCAGACUCCUGCCGAUUCCAGCAUCGUCUUCCCUCCUGUUUGUGAGAGAACAAAAGAUAACUUCGAGUCUAAAACAGUCCUCACUCAUUUCUCGCAGGCUUACAAGUAG